GUGCAUAAAUUGUUAAGAGUCACAUGCCGUUCGGUAUUUUGAAAUACGUAGAUAUCAUACGGGUUAAGGUAUUUGUGACGCUCAUCCGUAACGGGGUUAAAAUCGGAAACAAAUUUAGUCCGCUCAGCCUCAGUGGACCGUGUUCGAUUGUGUAUAUAUUAUUGGUCGAAGGCCAGGGCUCAGACUAAAUCAAAAAUAUUGACACGGAAAUCUACAGAGAGAAUUUGUCACAGUGCGACUAAGGAAAAUUAGUUUUGAUUUGGAAUAUUAGUUUUAUGGUGUGUGUUUUUUUUCUCUCGGAUAAAUGCGCAGCUAUAGGUGAAAUUAUUUACUACAACCUCUUCGAUCAUCCGAGAACCACGGAGGAAAUUUAGUACCUCGUUUAUUGUACAAAACUCCACUGGUAAUUAAAACUAACAACGACAAACGAAAAGAGAAUGCCUAUCCUAUCUAGUGAUCAAUAUUACAUUUUUUCUGUAUGUUAAAUUUGUAAGGUAAAAACUUGACGCUUAAUGAAAAAUCCGGUGAAGCGAAAAAUAUCAAAAUAUCGCUCCAGUUAUUCAUAAGUUUCAUUCAAUAGGAAGUGUUCAAAUAACCGUAAAAUUCUUAAAUGUAGUAUUAUAUAAUAGAGGUCGUUAACAAGUUGACAGUAUACUGUAUGAAAGUUAAAAUCAUUUUUCCGCCGGGUACAUGUACGCUAGCUUGUAACUACAGAAUAUAUAAACAGAAAUAAAUAUUAAAGUAAAUCGAUCAAAUACCAGUACGGGUAAUUGGUCUUAUUGACUAUGGAAUUGAGCGCGUUGUAAGGGAUUAAAACUGUAGUCGGGGACAAGUCUAGACCAACUUAAAACGGUGUGACAUAUAAUCCAUUGUAAGGUGACGUCCAUUUGUAUAAAAAAAGAGUAAAUGUGUUUAUGUUAAAUUCUUAAAUCUAAAUAAAGGGUCAGUUCAUACUGUGGAGUACGGAGCUUAUAUUCAAGAUUCUGGAAUUUUCUUUCUGUGAAUAGAAAAAAAAAUAGAUAUCCACGAUGAAAAUGUGGCUAGUUAUCGCAGUGGGUAUGGCUAUACAUGCCAUAUUCUUUUUUUCAAUUUUUGAAAUAUAUUUCGCCACACCGCUAGUGAAUGGAAUGACACCACACCGGUCUCCUCUCAAACCACCAGCGAAGAGACUAGUAUUCAUUGUUGCCGACGGAUUACGAGCCGACAAAAUUAUGGAACUUAUGCCUAAUGGGAAAAGUCCAGCGCCUUUUCUGAGAAAUAUUAUACAAACAAAGGGAGCAUGGGGAGUGUCUCACGCCGCGGUUCCCACGGCAACCAGACCCGGACACGUGGCUCUCACAGCCGGCUUCUACGAGGAUCCAACAUCAGUUGCAAAAGACUUACAAGGAAAGGAGGUGAUGUUUGACACGGUGUUCAAUGAAAGUCAGUACACAUGGUCCUGGGACACGCCCAAAUUUCUAGCAAAAGUUACAGGAGGGAAUGCAAAUCGUAUGUUUUCCAAGAAAUAUCCUGGACACAUGAAGUGGCUGGCCGGUAUCAAUGCUGAGGACAUGGACUCAUGGGUCUUCAAAGAAACACAUGAACUUCUGGAGUCUGCCAAAACUGACAGUGUGCUGAAAUCAAAGAUGGCGGAGGACCAGAUAUUAUUCUUUUUGCAUCUCGGAGGUCUCGAUCAUAGCGGCUAUAUUGUUAGGCCUAAUUCAGAGGCCUACCUGAAUCAUAUCUCGUAUGUGGAUGAAGGUGUAAAGAAGGUAGUUGAAGGAUUUGAGGAACAUUACAACAAUGAUGGCAACACGGCUUUCGUGUUCACCUCAGACCAUGGCAUGACAGACUGGGGAGCUCACGGGGACGGCACACCAGACGAAACUCUGACGCCAUUGAUAGCAUGGGGACCAGGACUUCGGACACCAGCGAAAGAAAGCAAGAAAUACCGGGACGGUCUUUCAAAAGCAUGGAGCCUCACAGGUUUCAAAAGAACAGAUAUAAAUCAGGCCAGCAUGGCGGCAUUCCUCGCAGCUCUAGUCGGAAUCCCAUUUCCCAUGAACUCCGUGUUGCCAGUUCCAGAUCAGAUGUUUAACAUUACAGAUCAUGAAAUGUCGGAGAUGCUGUUUGCAAAUCUGAGGCAAUUGCUUGCCCAGUGUGAGACAUUGAGAGAUGACAGACAGAGCACAUCGAUGAGACUAACAUUUAGCCCAUUCCGCCCUCUUGAUUCCGACGCCGUCACCAACCUUCAAAAUGACCUACAAACUAAAAUCAACAGCGGACGAUAUUCAGAGGCAAUCGAUGAAGUUAGACGAGGGAUCGAUUUGGCGUUGAAAGGAAUUCGAUAUUACACAACAUACGAUAGACAAAAUCUUUGGUUUAGCAUUGUUAGUAGCUACAUUGGUUGGAUGAUCUAUCUUGUAUCUCUACUGUACGAAGAUCAUUGCGGAUUAUCGUCGUCUAGUCAAGGGCCACAACUCUCCCGUAGAAUCAAGGGUCUGAUUAUGGGUUUCUUUGGCAUACUUAGCGUCAUAAUUUUCAUGGUUCUGUAUGUACAGUCAACGACUUGGACUCAUUAUUUCUUUAUUUUGUUACCUUGUCCAAUAUGGAUGGCAGUACUUUUAAGGUUCGAUGUUUUCAAGCAAAUGGUGGGCAUUGGGACAACUAUUGUUCCUCUACUUCCUUACCUGAUGUUAACUUUUGCUGGAUUAGAAGUUAUAGUUAUGGGUUUCUAUUACCGCGAAAUAAUGUCAUUUGGACUUGUAUGUUUUGCGGCAUGGCCAUGGAUAUUCAAAAAAGAUGAAAUCGAAAGACGUAUUCUGAUACAUUGGUCUGUAUCGUGCCUGACAGUUGCCUUCUUCCCAGCUAUACCCACAGGGACACGGGAACUGAACUUUAAUUUAGUUGUGGUAGGAGGAUUGGUGGCCAUAGCAGUCGCUUGUUUUAUUGUGAAAACAUUUGCGACGAGACAGUUAGCGAAAAGAAAAUUGUUUUUGAUAUUUGGUUUCCAGAUAUUCAUUCUAGCGGUUUCUAUAUUUAUCAUGCGACAUACUGCAGAAAUGGCCGCAACAAAUAGAAGAACUCCAUUAAUUAGCCAAACUCUAAGUUGGAUAUUUUUAGGUCUAGGAAUAAUAGAGCCGUUUCUCGUUACAACAGACAUCAGGUGUAGAUUAUUCUCCAUUGCGUUAGCUUGGAUGUCGCCUUUUAUACUUUUUAGUAUUUCAUAUGAAUGUUUAUUUAUGGUCGUUAUGUGUUGGCAUUUGUACAUUUGGAUGCUGAUGGAAGCUAACCUAGUCAAUGACUAUAAAGAGUUACCCACCCAAAUUGUAGAGAACGGAAAUGCUGUAAAUGGCAAAGGAAGCCCAGAACAUUCCACAAGAUUUCUUGAAAGUUUGGACUUUGCGACGAUCUCAAACCAAAUAGCCAAUGGUAAAAGUCGGCAGAAUCUUGUUCGAGCUGAUCUCAGGCGAUCAUUUUAUUUUAUAUUUCUUUUGAAUGCAAGUUUAUUUGGAACAGGAAACCUUGCUAGUGUCAAUAGCUUUGAACCAAACAGCGUAUUUUGUUUUGUUACCGUUGAAAACCCGCCUUUCAUGGGGUCAUUGAUUAUACUGAAGAUUAUCAUUCCAUUUAUACCGAUUGCGUGUACGUUGAGAGCAGUCAACUUGGUAACUCACGUUCCGCUGAAAUCAUUCACCCUGCUGGCUAUACUCCUUGGAAAUAUUGUAGAUUUUCAAUUCUUCCUGCUGGUGGAUGAUGGAGGAUCAGCUAUGCAUGUUGGAGAGACUGUUUCUCACUAUGUAAUCUUCUCUAUCAUACAUAUAGUGACCAUGUUGCUGUUUGGAAUAUCCUACCUACUCACUACGUGUAACGUUUGCUGCUUCAAGCAGAACACUAGCAGAUAGUUAUUUAAGUGGUUUUGUUUCAUGUUCGCGUUUGUUAACCUAAUCUGCCGAGAAUGAAAGACAAUGUUACGGCGGAAACAAACUGAAGGACGAGUAGAUGCCAAAAUCAGAAAAUGAAGACCAUAGUUUCAGUAAGUCAUUAACUGCUUGUGGCAUAAGCUAAAGACGUGUAACUGGUCCUAUGGAAAAAAAAACUGAAACAAAUUUUGAGAUUGAACUUUUAUAAGUAGAUGAAUAAACGUGGAUGGAAUUGACACAUUUCUUUUUAUGCAGGUUUCCGACUUUAUGUGAAUACUUACGCCUCCAAACAUAAGUGUACGGAAAUGUUGUAAUACCUAUACCAACGUACGUGUAAUUUGAAACUGAAGGUACAGACAGACUUUUAAGUGGCCGUGGAAUGCCAAGCGUACCUGUCUGUCAUUUGGAGAGGGAGGUUGUCCCGUGGUAGAAUUUGUUGUCUGUAUGCACGAAAUUCACGGAUUUCAGUCAAGUUUGUUAAAUGUAUCAUCCAAGUGUUACUUAUAUUGUUCAGGUCGCUAUCACGUUUUGCCUUACUGUAUUAUAUUUUGAUCAUGGCCUUGUAUUGAUAAAUCAUAGCAUAAUAGUAACAUUCACAAUUAUUUUGUAUCAUGAUAAUUGAUUGUUAUGAAAAUACAUGUGUAUACAUUUUUUAUUUGUGUACGACCUUGCAAUGAAAAAGGUAGUUAUUUAAUUAAAGUCUAAUGCUGCUCAUUGCCCUAUGUAUCAUAUAAGUUGAUACGAAAAAAUAGUUCUGUAUGAGAAACUUUGUUCGAGUACUUGUGUCACACUUUUUCUAAGUAAUUUAUAUUUGAGCCGUGCCAUGAGAAAACAACAUAGUGACUUUGCGACCAGCAUGGGUCCAGACCAGCCUGCGCAUCCAUGCUGUUCGCUUUCAAAGCCUAUUGGAAUUAGAGAAACUGUUAGCGAACAGCAUGGAUCCUGACCAGACUACGUGGAUGCCAGGCUGGUCUGGAUUCAUGCUGGUCGCAAAGCCACUAUGUUGGUUUUCCCAUGGCGCGGCUCAUUUUACCUUUAUGUCAGUACGAUGUUCAGUUCACCAGAAGUACUUAAAUCGAGAGUAUUUCAAUGAAUCGGUGUCUUUUCAUACUGAUUUUAUCAAACCAGUUGAUUAAAAAAACCCAGUAAAUUGCGAGGCACUGCCGAGCCGUUUAUCAAUAUUAUUCAAUGGGUUUAAUAAAUUAAUAAAUACAAUGUGGAAAGACGCAAAUGUAAUAUUCUUUUUUAACACAUAUUAGCUUUUCCUGCUGAAACAUCAAUUUAAUGCCAUUUGUUUUUAUUUAGGGUAGAAGAAAAUACUUUAAAAACAUUUUCUUAUGGGCGUGCAAAUUAUCUUUGUAUUAUUUUUGGCAUAUACUUCCUUUUGUAAAGUAUAUACACUAAAGUCUUGUAAGAUCGGCCUUUUUCAAAGCCCAAACACACGAAUGCCACCUUAUUCCUGGUCCAGUUAAGAAGCAAUUAGUCAGAGGUUAAACAGUCCUCCAAACUAAGUACUAUAAAACCUUGUCCGUGCGUCCAAGUUUAUAACACCAGUCUUAGAUCUUUAGCGUUUUAUUGGGCCAAGCAUAAUACAUAAUAAGAAUGCCCUUCUUUCCCAACAGUUUUAUUAUCUGGGGCUUCGGGAAAAUCAUUUUGUUUGGUAAUGCUCGAAAAUUUUGUACUUAUAUCAAGAAGCAUCGGUCGGACAACCACGCCAAUGAAGGGGGCUUCGGAUAAUGGUAUUGCUUGGACGGUUCUGUAUAUUUCCUCCGAGAUUCUGAUAGGCCAUUCUACUAAAUGCUGGUUAUUAUUAAAACACAAGUAAAUAUAUAAACGUUUUUCAUUCCAUCUGAUAGCAGGAAAAAUGUCAUUUUGUUUGCCAACUGAAAUUGUUGUAAAUUUAUCACAUUUUGAGAAGGUAAACGCUGAAAAACCACUUGAUAUUACUAAAAAUGUACACAUGCAGUAAUCUGUCCAGAUGUGUGUUUAAUGUUCAAUGCAAAAGGUACAUGAAAAUUAUGUCAUUGUUUUUGAAUGAUUUGUGAUAGCAAAUGCGGGUAAAAUUAUUCAUUUUCGGAGUCCAAAAAAUAGAAUUGUUCUGCUCAACUUGAAUAAUUAUAUAUUUAUCUAGUUAUACAUUAAGUGCACAAAGUAUUUCAUGGGAUAUUAAACUUUAAUGUUUUAUUUAUAUCGCUAAUUCCGAUUUGGAGAAUAAAUGAGCCGCGCCAUGAGAAAAUCAACAUAGUGGCUUUGCGACCAGCAUGGAUUCUGACCAGCCUGCGCAUCCGCGCAGUCUGGCCAGGAUCCAUGCUGUUCUCUUUCAAAGCCUAUUGAAAUUAGAGAAACUGUUAGCGAACAGCAUGGAUCCUGACCAGACUGCGUGGACGCGCAGGCUGGUCUGGAUCCAUGCUGGUCGCAAAGCCACUAUGUUGGUUUUCUCAUGGCACGGCUCAAAAAAAUGCGUAUGUUGACGCCGUUUUAGUUGUUUCAGCGUUAUGUAUUUUGUGGAAAUAGACGUAGCACUUUAUAUUAUUAUAAAUAAAUUAAAAAAAAAAAUAUAUAUUUUCCAAAAUAUUCAAUCCAUAUCAGUACCUUUCUCAUCUAUUAGACGUUUGUCAUAAUCCCAAGAUAAGGGACCCAUGCUUCUGGUGUUCGAGAAUGUGGUAGUGUUUGCAGGAAGGUCUAUAUAAAUAUUUAAUGUCAGUUUUUCAAUCUUUGCGGUAAAAAUGUGUGAAAAUUUCCGUGACAAUACUUAUUGUUUCCACGAGGGCUGCUUAUUACUUGAGGCAACUGAUGAAAAUAAUAAUCAAAUAAAGUACACACGUUUAGACAAAUUUUCAUUGAAUUUUUAAGCCUGUAAGUUGGACUCGGACUUUAAAAGGCCGGAUUUUCUUUUUGCUCCGGCGUUGUUAAAUUGACUUUGAUUGUACUGAAACUUGGCAUAAAUACCCUGCCACUGCAUUUAAUUCAGCAAAAUUUCAUAAGUUUAGAAUUUCUACAGGCAAAGUUACGGCAAAUUGAAUAUUUGCCAUUCUUAAGUCCAAGUCAAAAUUUUAGACUUUACGGACCCAGGACCCUCCUUAUACUAGGAGCUAAUUUAGUUGAAAAUAUUGGGAUAUUGCAGAAUGAAUAAUUUUUCAAAACAAUUGUUUACUUUCACUCUUGUACACAAACUGUUGUGGUGUUCAUAUGUUGACUGCUGGAAAACAUCAGAACCUUGCGUGGUCUAUUGUUCUAGAACAUUCCGGAUGCAAAAUAAUAAAAUUGUUUGCGUUAGAAUGUGUUCAGAAACACUUGCUCAGUUAGCUUAUAUGACGUUGUUUCUGUUUGUUUUGUUUUUAAUUAAUUAAAAGUGUUUACCAAUACAAGAAAUCAAUUCACUUUGUGGUGCAUUGAAUUUACCUUUAAGUUUCAACAAUCAUGUACUAGCACGUAAUGUUGACUUGUAACAUUAAAACAGUACAGAACAGAGGUUUCACUUAGUCUUAUAAAUAUAGUUAAGCAGCCAGCCAAAGGAAGAGCAUAAUUUGGCUGCUUACUACAGGUGUUCGUUAAGACAGGUGCAUCUGUAUACAGCACAUCGGCAUAACCCAAUAUUGACAAAAACAUGAUUGAAAUCUUAAAAAAAAUUAAUAGCGAGUGUCUUAACAACAAUGACUCGAAGGAAACUGUGAUUUCUGGCCAAAAAGGGCAUAUUGCCAAGUAGCAAAAUUUCGUUGUACAAAAUUUGUGAAAAUUAUGAAAUUAUCAGAAAUAUCUAAAGACAAUAUUGCUGUUUAAAAUCGCAUUUUGACAUGGUUACGCUUACAGUUCGAUAAAAUAAACCCUCAUGAAAUGUGCGAAAAUGUGAAAGCAGCUUUAGUGGUCUAACUAAUGGUAUUGUAAACAUUUAACCUCUGCUAUGUACAUUCAUUGAAAUGUGUAAAAUAUCUUGUUACUAUGUGAAUUCUAUUGUUUAACUUUGUUAUAUAACAGUUGUUUCAGGUAUUUUGUUCACAUAUAUUUUUAACUGAUAGAAAUUUUUAUAUGAUUUUAUUGAUUCAGAUGUAUAUAUGUAUCAAGUUAUUUGAAAAUAUGUAUAUUUUUCUUGUAAAAUGAUGUUUGUGAUAAUGAAAGAUUUUCAUGAUGAACAACAGUUAACGUUUUGCCACAAAAAAUAUUUUUCUUGGAAAAAAAUCAUGAUUACUGUUUAUUCUUGUUAGUGCUUUUUAGCUCGACUAUACGAAGUAUAAGGAGAGCUAUCCUACUCGCCCCAGCGUCGGCGUUGGCGUCGGCGUCUUUCCGCGUCCCCACCUUGGUUAAAGUUUUGGUGCACUUUCUCUUUUUUCAACUUAUCUCUGUAAUUACUUGAUGGAUUUGAUUCAAACUUGAAAUACUUAUUCCUCACCAUCAUCCACAUCAUCUGACAUAAGGGCCAUAACUCUGGCACCAAUAUUUCAUGAAUUAUCCCCCCUUUUCAUUUAGAUUUUCAGGUUAAAGUUUUGAUGCACUUUCACUCUAUCUCUGUUAUUACUGAAUGGAUUUGAUUCAAACUUAAAAUAAUUGUUCAACAUCAUCACCCACAUCAUAUGACACAAGGUGCAUAACUCUGGCACCAUUCUUUCAUGAAUUAUUCCCCCUUUUUACUUAGAAUUUCAGGUUAAAGUUUUGGUGCACUUUCACUCUACCUCUGUUAUUACUAAAUUGAUUUGAUUCAAACUUAAAAUAGUUGUUCAGCAUCAUCACCCACAUCCUAUGACACAAGAUGCAUAACUCUGGCACAUUUUUUCAUGAAUUAUUCCCCUUUUUACUUAGAAUUUCAGAUUAAAGUUUUAUGCACUUUCACUCUAUCUCUGUUAUUACUGAAUGGAUCUGAUUCAAACUUAAACAAUUGUUCAACAUCAUUACCCUUCUCAUAUGACACAAGGUGCAUAACUCUGGGACCAAUUUUUCAUGAAUUAUUUCCCCUUUUUACUUAGAAUUUUAUGUUAAAGUUUUGAUGCACUUUCACUCUGUCUAUGUUAUUACUGAAUGGAUUUGAUUCAAACUUAAAAUAGUUGUUCAACAUCAUCACCCACACCAUAUGACACAAGGUGCAUAACUCUGGCACCGAUUUUUCAUUAAUUAUUCCCUCUUUUUACUUAGAAUUUUAGGUUUAAGUUUUGAUGCAUUUUCACUCUGUCUCUGUUAUUACUGAAUGGAUUUGAUUCAAACUUAAAAUAGUUGUUCAACAUCAUCACCUACACUAUAUGACACACGCUGCAUAACUCUGGCACCAAUAUUUAAUGAAUUAUGCCCCUUUUUGCUUAGGAUAUACUUAUAUAGUGUUUUGAUACAUUUUAUCUUUACCUCUCUUAUUACUUUAAGUUGAUAUUUUUGACAUAGACUCAGGCUAUUGUACAAUAUCUUCAUCCACAAUUGGAGUCAUUAAACACUCCAGUGACAGCUCUAGUUUCCUCAGAUGUGCCCAGUUUCACUAUCCAGCAUCGAAAUAGUCGAGCACGCUGUCUCCUGUGACAGCUCUUGUUGUACACGUAGUUCUCGUGCGCUACCCCAAUGCCAUGGCGCCAGCUAAAGUAAUUUUCAUAUAUUCAUGGUCUUACCACUUUUGAAUAAAGGCAACCUGCCUGUAGAGGUCACUGUUUUUUUUUCUAUAUUUUUGAAUAUGAAUAGUUUAGAUUUACCUGCGUUUAGAGACUACCUGUCAAAAAUCCACGUUUUUCUAUUCCCAAAGGGUGGUCUUUACAGACGGGUUUGACUGUAUUUUGAAAAGAUAUCACCUCUCAACACAUUAACACUCAUGUUUUUUAAAAUAAUAGUGUAAAUGUGUUAUUACUUUAACAUUAAGCUUGCUGGCGGCAAGCGUUUCUGCCUAUGCGACCAGUGCAGACCAUGAUCAGACUGCACAUCCGUGCAGGCUGAUCAUGGUCUGCACUGGUCGCUAUUCAGUCGGUAAUUGUUCAGCGAACACCAUGUCAUUGCCCAGAUUGAAUGAUAGACGAGUCUUAAGAAAUUUAGCAGGUUAAAGGUUAAAACGUUUUCAUGUCGUAUGAUUAAGUUUGCUAAUUUUAGUCAGAGACCAAAUAUGGUGCUGUUACGUUUUUGUAUUAUUUAUUUAAUACGGUUACAUUUCAGUAUCUUUGAAAAUGAAAAUAUGCUAUAUUCUGUAUGUACGUAGCAUUGUGUAAUUUUAGUAUUAUUCAGAAAUUACUUUACAUUGGUAUUGUAAAUGGCACUUUUUAUUUCAUACAAAACGGCCCAGAGAUACUGAUCUAAACAGUUUUACGAAGUGUUAAUAUGCAUAUAAGGGUUUCUAAACGUGAGAGGUGUUGCACAUUUCAUUGCCCUCUCAUGAACAUACACAGAUUUAACCGGGUCUAAAAUAAAUUUGCUUGGUUGCAUUCUAUGUUUUCAUAUAUGUAAAACUAGAGGGGAAAACCUUGGGAUCAUCGAUUCGAAGUUUAUGGGUUUGAUCCCAGUGAUAUGCAACUGUUUUUUCCUAAGUGAAGUUGUAUUUGAAAGGUUUAGUCGUUUUUCUUUCUCAUAAUGUUGAAAUGCCUUGUUUCUUCAGGGUGUUACUUCCGGGUCUUAGUAAGUGCUUGAAAAAUAACUAGUAGAGGGAUUUACUCUUGGCGAAAUACUUAGCAACGGAAGUUAUAUUUCGCACAUGCGCAUUGUCGAUACAAAAUCGGACUACUGUAGGUGGAUUUAUUUAUCAGUCCAAACAUGCCUUAUUGUUGUGAAAUAUAUAAUCAUUUGAUGAUUCCUAUGCCAUAAUUAUGCAUUAUUUAUUUUUAAAUAUACUCGGACAUAAAAAAAUUUUGCGUUCCGAAAACACAUGUUCACGCGUGCAAGGGAAAGAUUAGUCUUACAUAUUCUGUUUUCUUUGAUAAAAAAAAAAUCUUUCUUUCAUAAUAUUUUCCCCUUCUUCAUAAAGAUACUGAUUUUUUUUUGUGAAAAUCCAUUUUCUCUCUACGUUUAUCUCAACGUUAAGAUUCAGAGAUAAGAGAUAUUGUAAAAAAAAAAUCGGAGAUAAAAGAUAGAUCUAUUCCAAAAAAGCGGCGAUAGGAGAUAUUGGAUAAAAUCAGACAAUAUAUAUUAACAAAAAAAUCGGAGAUAUUGUAAAAGUAAAGUAAAAAAGUGCGAUUGUAAGGGAUCUUAUUGCAGUAUUGCAGGGAGUUUCAAAUGACGGAUGUGUUUCUAGGAAAAUGCAGAAAAAAAUGCAAAAUUUUAAUCAAUGCAAUUUGAUAAAAUAUUACUCACAUCCAUAUUAAUUUAUAUUAGUGUUCUGUGGUGUUUGUAUAUAUGUUGGUCAUCUUGAUACAUGAAACAGAAACUGCCUAACCUUUUUAUUCCAUUGUUCUGUAAAAUGUUUUGUGUUCCUAGAUUAUUACCCUAUAUCCCUUUUCCUAUCUCUACAUAAUUUUGAACAGCAGAAUUUUGUGAUUUUUUAAGAAUUUAAAAAAUCUUGACAAUUUUAUGUGAAUGUUCGUCUACAAUGAAAAAUUACCUAGCUAAAAAUCAACCAAAAAAAGACGCUGUGGGCAUUUUUUGAAACUUCAAAAAGAUACUGUUGCCAUAUUUUGUGUUGUGUACAAUACAAGUCUUAAAAUUAACAACUGAAUCUGUAAAGAUUGGAUCAUGCUUUUCAACAACUUUUACAUAUUUAUUUAUUGUUUUUAUUAUUAUCAUUUUUAUUAUUGCUAGUAUUUAUUAAUCAUAUCAUGCUCACUAACUUGUUUGUUCACAUUCCAUUUCAUAUAUUUUUGCCGUACAUUUCAUUUAUUUUUUGUCUAUAAAUUAAAGAGUAUUACCUUAAUAUAUCACAGAAUGAAUAAAACCCUUCCUUGAUAUUUCGGUACUGUAUCCGUAAUGGCAGUCGGUAUUUUCCGUUCGAUCACGUAUUCUUGUACGCUAUUUCGGCAUCCUUCGGACAUAACAGGAAACUGUUGCCGAAAUAGUAUACGGAGAAUACGGAAUAGAACGGAAAAUGCCGAUUGUCCAUGCGGGUCCACAACCUUAAAAUAAACUGCUGAUGAAAUUACCUUUUUUCCUCUUCAAUUUUUCGUCUACAUUUGCUAAAAUAAGGAAAAUUAGUGUAUCCAGAUUAGUCUUCCAAUUCUGUUUUAAGUGGUGAGACGAUUGCGGAGUAAAUAAUGCAAGCUUCGCUUUUGUGGUAAAGGGACAUUACUCCAGAUGAACAUCAGAAGUUAAAAAACAACAACAACAGAAAUUGAUGAAAGAUUAAUAAAGCAGAUUACUUAAUGCGUAUUAUAUAAAGUACAAU